CUUCCCUUUUCUUCAUCAGUGAGUUCGACUUCACAUAGCUUAGUCUAAGAACUCUGUGCUUAGUAAAUAUAUAUAGCCGUGAGAAAUCGAGAUUUUAUCACGAUGAAAAAAUGGAGUUUUUUUGGUUUACUUUGCUUCGCGAGUCUGGUGAAAUCCGAAGUUUUAGUUGGAGGACGCCGAAUGAAUGAAUAUAUAGCCAUUGAAAAUCACAAUGAAAUGAUGAUGAUAUUCAGACAGGCAAUGGGUAUAGAAUUGUUCAGCAAUGGGAAAUACAUGAAUAAUCCUCUCUAUAGCAAAUUGGAUGAUUAUAAGUUCGAUGAAAAAUCACGGAUUAAAGAUUUUAUGAAAUAUUGUGCCGAUAUAUUGAAGGAAUUCGACGAUGAAUUGUCUAUUGAACCACACGAAGUGAUUUUCAAAUCAUUUUAUUACAAAACGCUGAAAUGGCUGAAUCAUCAUUUAUCUCGAAUUGAAGAUAUUGCAGUUGUUAAUAAUGAAUUAAAUGAUUGUGUUAAUGAUAUAAUCAAGAAACGUGAAAUAUCAAAAGACAUAAUGACUGCUUUUGAUGAGAGAAUCUAUGAAAUUAAAGUACCCAAACAAUUGAUUUUAUUUGGAGAAGAAGUAGAUAAAGCAAUUCAGUUGAUUUACGACGUAGAAUCGAGAGAAAUCUAUAUAAACGGAUAUGAUGAGGAGAUGCAAAGAAAUACUCAUUCAUUCGACGACGAUGGCAGGAAGAAGUUUUUUGCAUUAAUUUCCGUUCACCUAGUUCGAUGCAAGGAAAUAGAAGUUUAUGAAAAUUUUAUUCGCAAAUUGGAUAAUAACGAGGAUUAUUCCGAUUACGUUGCUUCUUCGAGAAAACUUAAAAUAAUGGGUUUAGUCGAUGUAGCUUUGAUAUAUUUUCGCGGAGGAUAUCAAAAGGACUUUAAUUAUGAAUCCAUCAACUUGGAUGACUUUCCUCGAGGCACCGUGGGUCAUUUCAAACUCGCAUCUUUACUGUUUCUGCAAGCGUUCGAGCAUUGCGUAUUUCAUAAAACCUUAGGUGCAUUGGCCGGAGAUUCGUAUCUAUUUCAAAGGGCUUUCAUCGAGAACUUCUCGACACGUAACAAGGCUUUUUAUCUCAGGCUUUGUUCUCUAAAUUUGCAAGUUCAGAUCACAUUGGAUAACUUUCUGCAAGUAUUUGUGUGGUAUUCUGAUAAAUUGCAAGAUCUAUCAUUGAAGGCAACUGCUUACAGACUUCUGAAAUGGUUCUCCAAGUAUGCAAAAUUUCGAGCUUGUUCUUAUACUGAAGUUAAAAUAAAUGAAAUUUUUUCAAAACUUCAAGAAAUUAAUCCUAUUACUGAUGUUUCUGUUCUGAAUCUUCGUGUACCCAGUGGUAUAAAUAAUCUCCAAAAACUGAAAGACUUUGGCGAGAAAGAAGAAAACAUUGUCGAAGGAUCAUUUCUUGAAGAAGAUGAUAAUAAUGAUGUCUAUGUACCGGAAGAGGUCUCACAAAAUGCUGAAAAUUCAUUCCACGAAGAAAUGACAGAUAAAUUGCCAACAGAGCCACAAGAAAUUAUAGAAAUUGAGCCAGUGCCAGAAAUUAUAGAAAUUGAGCGUGAAGAACCACUAAAAACACCUCCACAUUCAGAUCAUUCUCUUGGACGUUCAACUUCAUAUAUAGAUAUUCAAUUUUGGAUUGACGGUAUCAAAAAUUUUCUCACUGGUCCUUCUUUUCUAAACAUUAAAAAUUCAGUGAUGGGAAAAUUGAAGUCGUUUCUUUAGUUUUUUGUGCAUUUCUUUGCAAUUAAAAUCGAUUUUUGGAAGUACAUAAUUAUUAAUUAAUGAGUGAAGUAUUUGCCCUUCGUAAUCUGAACACUUCAUUGUUAAUUUUUAAUAAUUAAACGAAUCGUUCUUAAAACAGUAGGAAUAAAUUUGAAUUUAAUAAAUCAUAUAGGUAGGUACCUACUACCUACCUAAUUAAAAAAUAAUUUUAAAAAAUCUAAAAUUUUGUUUACAUAUACUUAUAGGUAGGAAGUAUUGUUUAAUAUGUUUUCAAUAUCAGUUUUGUAAAUUCAAACAUAAUGUUACUUAUUACCUUUGUAACAUUACCUAUCUAUACUUAAUCAUCACAAAAUAGUUAAAAAUGAUAAAAUCAGUUAUUAACCAUCUUCAUCAUCAUCGCAUUCUUCUUUUUUUUGUUUUUGUUCCUCCUCUUCUCUCCCUUCUACCCCUCCUUCUUCUGAUGUUACUGCUUCUACUUCAUCUACUUGUUCUACAACUUCAUCUUCACUGAGAAAUGUUAACACAUUAUUUUGCCCAUUAAAACGAUAUUUUUCAUUUA